AUGACAGACAAGCCAGCUCCGCUGUCGACGCAAGCAGCAGUUUCCACCCAGGCCAACCACAUCGCGCUCGUAGGCCCGACCGGCCCCGACGAUGUCGCCCACAAGAUUGAGGCGCCAGAGGAAGAGCCCUACACAAUCAAGUGUAUCUGCAAUUUCUCUGACGACGACGGAAACACAAUAUACUGCGAGACGUGCGACACAUGGCAGCACAUUGAUUGCUUCUAUCCCGAGAAUCGGGAGGAGGCCAUCCGAGAGGACUUUGCUCACUCGUGUGCCGACUGCAAGCCCCGACCGCUGAAUCGACAAAAGGCGAUCGAGCGCACUCUACGGCUCAGGAAUACCAUCCUAGAGCCAGAGAGCAUCGACAAAAAAUCCACCAAGCGACCCCCUUCCAAGAGCCACAAGAAGAAAACCAAGCCUAGCGAAGUUCUUCUCAACGGUAUCCACGCGGCUUCAGAGGGCGGCAAGCACGGCCACAACGGUGACCAUCACCCUCCUCCAGCCAAGAAAUCAAAAACCUCCCACCGACCCUCCCUGUCCGUGAGCUCCCAGCCUUCCAAGCGAAGCCCUUCGUAUGGGAACAACCGGGCGAAUCCUACGCACCCUCCGAGUCCCGCCACGACUCCUCCCGACCUCCCCGACGAUUUUCAAAUCCACCACUACUCUGAGAGCUUCUGCUCCCUAUACAACGACGUGCCCGACGCUCGCUCCAAUGCAUUUGCCAACCUCGCCAUCCCCACCGCUCUGGUACGAUGGCUAGAGUCGCCUUCUGCUCUGGAAAAGGAGGUCGGCCGGAGACACUCAGAGGUCUUCCAGGACGCACUGCCUGCUCUUGAGAGAAAGCGACCGAAGCUUGAGAUCAAGGACGCCACACAGGCGCUGGAGAAUGGCACUACCCUGCUCUGGCGCUCUCUCAAGUCGACGUCUUCCAUCGAAAAGGACGUGCCUCUCAUCGAGUUGAAUGGCGAGAUUGGCUUCCAGAAGGAUUACUGUGCAGACAGUGAUAACCUCUGGGCUGAUCUCUCAUCGCCCCUCCCUUUUGUCUUUUUCCAUCCUAUUCUCCCACUUUACAUCGACACCCGUAAAGAAGGCUCCUUGGCCCGCUAUGUUCGGAGAAGUUGCAAGCCCAACGCUCAACUGGACACCUUCCUCAUCAACAAGUCGGACUACCACUUCUGGCUCGUCAGCGACCGAUACAUCCCACCCAGCGAGCAGAUUACUCUACCGUGGGACUUUCGUCUAGAAAAGAGCGUCUCUCAGCGCUGGCUACAUCUGCUGGGCCUCAGCGAUGAUGAUGGCGCAGCGCAAGAUGAGUUUGAACUCGACGAGUCAGAGUAUACAGCCAUCUCCAACUGGAUCGACCGGAUAUUGUCAGAAUAUGGGGGUUGCGCGUGUGAUCAGGAUAAUAACUGCGCCUUCGCACGAUUCCAUCGACACUAUCUAUACGGCAAGAGCCAGUCCCGCGGCAACAAGAAGAGAUCACGCAAGACAAAGGCCCACACCAUCUCACCAAGCAGCACCGGUCAUGCCACAAAUAGUCGUGCUGCCAGUGAAGGCCAUGUCGAUGAGCACGCUGAGCGUGAGGGCCGAGAUGGGUCGGUCCCGGCACGGAGCAAGCCCUCUAGCAGGGAUCGAACUCCGCUGCGCCAGGGCUCUUUUGAUCAAUUAGGGAUAUUGACCGAACCUACAGAUCGUGACAAGCGCAAGGUGGCCAUGGUGGAAGACUCCUUCCGCCGUAUGGAACAAGAGCAGCAGCAACCACCGAGGAAGAAGAAGAGGGUAUCAGACACUACAACAGCCUCGACGUCUUCCAAAUCAAAAUCCAGAACCGGCUCAACCCCUCACAUUGGCAGCUAUGCUGAUGCAAGCACCACCUCCCGAAGCAAAUCCGGUUCGCCUGCUAGCUCAAGAUCACCAAAUCUUGGAACCUCUUCUAAAUCUACUGCAGUCCGCCAGGGCUCAGCAGACAUACGAGCCAGGCAAUCAUCCGCAUCGCCACGACCCGUCUACUGCGACAUGGGCAUUCAGACGGAUCCCGUAGACGACGAGUGGUUUAGUCAGCCGCAAGAACUCCCCUGUCGCAAGAAGCGAAUCAUUUCACUUUCUCAGCGACUCCUCAACAACAGGUACAGAGCGCGCGCUGAAGAGGACCGCAAGCGAACAUCAUCCAUCUCAGACUCGCGGCCAUCAACGGCUGACGCCAUGGACGUUGAUGCCGGAGAGACUGAGCAGAAAUUGGACCCACCAAAAGCCGAAGAGGAAACUCAGCCGCCUCCGUCUCCUCCCCCAACUCAAGAUGUAGAAGACGCGGAAGUGCACGAUGCGCCCCCUCUACCUGCCCCUGAAGAAGCACCAGCAGCUCCUCCGGGUGAAGCGGAGUCUACCCCAGAGAAGCCAAAGGCACCUGAGCUUAAAGUUCAAAUGCCCACCUUGCCCGCACUCGAUGCCACUGCUUCAACUACGACCACGCCACUAUCGGCAAGCAGCUCUGCUGUGCAAUCAGUAAUCAUCUCUAGCAUCAACGCAACCGUCAACGGAGCCAUUGCAACUUCAAGUCCAAUCAAGAAGAAGCUGAGCCUUAGCGAUUACACCAAGAGCAGGAUGAACAAGGCCGCAGUGAAGCCCUCAUUGAGCCUCAUUUCUACAAAGCCUAGCCCUUCAGAGGCAGAUGAGAUCAAGCUGGAGAAUGUAGAGUCUGCAACUAUGGAGAAAGUCGAAGGCGCAGUGGUUACACCUACAGCGACAGCCGCCGCCACUACAAACGGUCACCCAUGA